GAUUCAGCAAAGCUUCCUACCCCGCCCAACCCGCGUCGCGUCAAGGUAGAGUAGGAGCUGCCUGCGUCAAGACGCACAUGAACUUGAGAAAAGCAACACCAUUUUCCAAGACGAGGUGUCGGCUGCGUCACCCUCCAUUCUCUCGCAACAAAAAAUGGCCACUACACAGGAAGCAGAGGCCCUUGUGCCCAAAUUCAAAUAUGAACGCACGUUGAAUCAAGACCAAGCAGGGAGACGCACAUCCCUAUACGGCACGAUCGACUCGCAACCCGCUCUCGUCGUGCUCGAGCGCGCCUCGUUCCCCACCUCGGCCGACUACCUCUCCUCCGUGACGGGGACGCUGCGCACGCUCAAGAACCUGGGCGCCAACGACAUCUACUUUUGGUUCAUGGCCGCGACGGGCGGCACGGCCGACGCCGAGGACCUCAAGAUCAACCUCAUCUACCCGUGCACGGAACAGCACGUCAAAAAGUACAGCCGGCAGGGUGUGCGGUUCGUGGUCGAGACGCCCGAGAUCUACAAGACCAAGAUCCGCCCCUACAUGCAGUCCAAGCGCGAGGCGGGCAGGCUGAGCUGGGUGUACAACAUCAUCGAGGGCCGCAAGGAGGUCGAGGACGUCAUCUACCGCACGCCGCUGGGCGAGGCCGGGGACGAGGGCUUCCUGCUGCUCCCAGACCUGAACUGGGACCGGUCGACGCGCGAGGCGCUGCACCUGCUGGGCCUGGUGGAACGGCGCGACAUCUGGAGCCUGCGCGACCUGACCAAGAGGCACGUCUCCUGGCUGCGGCACAUGCGGCAGAGGUUUCUCGACGCCACCGCCGAGGUGUACCCCGAGAUUGAGCGGGAUCAGCUCAAGCUGUACGUGCACUACCAGCCGACGUACUACCACUUCCACAUACACAUCGUGCACGUCCAGCUCGAGGCGGGGGCCACGCAGGCCACCGGCAAGGCGGUGGGGCUGGAGAGCAUCAUCGAGCAGCUUGAGAGUAUGAGCGGAGGCGAUGACGCGGGUAUGGAUUUAGUGUCGAUGGGCUACACACUGGGGGAAGCGAGCGAGUUGUGGACCGAAAUUUUUGAACCGCUGAAAAGAGAGACUACUUCGAAACCGAGUACUUCUGCUCAAUAGCCGCAACCAGCUCCUGGACACCCGGUCCCUUAGGGCAAUCAACCCACUCUCCUCCGUCCCUGAUGCAGUAGAUCUCCUGGUCCAGCCUGACUGUGCAGCUCAUCUUCACGCCGGCCUAUAGAGGAUGCAGUGUCAGUAAAGAUGCAGUUCUCGGCAACUAAGUUACGGAGGCCAACAACGGAGAAUCACGCACCUUUGCUGUCCUUUGGACGCUAUGGCGUAGCAUAUCAACGCCGUAUGCGCCGUCAUCCUUGGCUGCACAAUCAUUGAGAGCCUUAAAGUCAACGGCGUGCUCAAGUGCGCACGUCUCGAUGAGCUCCCGCUUAGGUAUCUCUGGGAAUUUCAUCGAAAUGCACAUGGUGAAUCCAAGGUAGGUCUUGGGGUCCGGGUACAGGUCAGCGGCGCAUAGCUCGAUAAUGUUUCCCAUGCCUGUUAACCAAUUGUUAGCACUUUGCCAAUGCCAAAUCCAAGGGUAUCGUCUUGAAAAUCAUACAUUCAGCUGGACCAUGCUUGCACGCAACUCCGCUAUCGGCAUCGGGACUAAGAUAGACAAGAACGAGUCAGUAACGCAUAAUCAAGGCCGGACGAGUUCCCGAAAGAUGAUCAAAAAAAUGCUCACGUUCCGA